GUUCCCGGUGCGGGAGGAGUUUGCUGACAAUCUUGAACACCCAGAUCCAGUCCCGCUGAUGUACCUACUGGAUAAGGUUACUGCUAAUCAGGAUGAUGACCACGCGGAUGUUGAUUCUGCGGCAGCUGAGAUGGUGGGAGAUGGUUUGCUCACCGAGGGUCAGGUGAGUGGGCAGCGUAGACGUGAAGAAUCGCCGACGAGGUCUGCCCAAUCGACUGGCAGAGUAAAUCCUCAGGCCCCCGGCUGGACUAAAAGGCUUCGUCCGGGGAGUGCGCCACCAGACCGUGUGCCUUGUCCAUCCAGGAUGAGCGCCCUGGAGCUAUCAAUGCGUAAAUACGCAGAGGAACCAGACAAGAGUGUGGUGCGACCUGAGCUAGGUCUUAGUUUUGAUUCACUGGGUGAGGCGUAUGAUUUCUACAACUUGUACUCCUGGGAAAUUGGUUUUGGAAUAAGAUAUGGAAAAAGCAGGCUAAAUGCCGAGAGGAUGAAAACAAUGCAGGAGAUAGUAUGUGGAUGUUCGGGAAAACCCGGCUCUAAUCAGACUGCUUUGUUCAUCAGACAACAGUUGGUACAUAACGGAGCAUCAAGCAAGCCACAAUCAUUCUAUGUCGCUUACAAUGGGAGAGAAAGUGCACUGGCCAUCUCAUAAACACAUAGACAUCUACACCAAAGACUUAAUAAGGCAGUUGAGGCAGAACAACGUGAACCUAGGCAAGGUUUACAGCAUAAUUGGGAGCUUCUUUGGAUCAAUUGAGAAGGUUCCUUUCACUAAAAGGACACCGAGGAACAUAUGUGGGAAGAUAAGUCGCGAGCAAGCUGAAGAUGAUGUACGGAAGACACUCCAGGUGUUCGCCGACAUCCGGUCGAAUGACCCUGACUUCUCGUAUGUGGUUCUGGCUGAGAAGGACAGCAAGGUGAAGAAUCUCAUGUGGGAAAAUGGGAGCAGCAGGAUGCAGUACAGGUUCUUUGGUGACGUGGUGACAUUCGACACCACGUACAGGACAAAUCUGUAUGACAUGCCAUUCGGUCUUUUCGUUGUAGUUAACAAUCACUAUCAGAGUAUCAUCCUGGCAGGAGUUUUGAUGUGUGACGAGCAAGAAGAAAGCUUCGAAUGGGUGUUUACAGAAUUCAUUUGCAUGAUGGGCGGACCUGCUCCAAAAACAAUACUCACAGACCAAUGCAGGGCUAUGGAGGUUGCAAUCAAGAAAAUUUAUCCAAACACUAUCCACCGUUGGUGUAAGUGGCAUGUUCUGAAGAAGGCGAAGGAAACACUUGGGCCGUUUUACACGAAGAAGAGUGAUUUCCAGGCUGAAUUUCACAAAGUUGUUAAUCACAUGUUAACCGAGGAAGAAUUUGAAACAGCCUGGGCCGGGCUGCUUUAUAAGUACAACUUGAUGGCGCAUAACUAUAUGACCCAAAUAUAUGAGACAAGACAUAAAUGGGCAAAACCAUACUUCAGAGGAGUGUUUUGUGCAAAGAUGACAAGUACACAGAGGAGUGAGAGCGCAAACCACAUGCUGAAGUCUUACAUGCCCCCUGCAAGCCCGAUGCAUGUUUUCGUCCGUCAAUACAUGAGGCUUCAAUUCGACCGUGAGCGUGAUGAAAGCUACGAGGAGAAGAGAACAAUGAUUGGCGGCGCUGUGCGGCGGACUAACCUUGCAAUAGAGCGGCAUGCAAGCAAAAUAUAUACUAGGAAUAUGUUUGAGGAAUUUGGCCGCCUACUAAUAGAAGGAACUGCAUACAAUGUUACUGAAAAAGAAAAUAUGAGGAAAUAUAUAACAACUCACAAUAAUGCAGCCAAAAGAGAGAAGUGGAGCAGGGUGGAGUACGAGGUGACAGUUAACGAAGACAAAUCAAUAUUCACGUGCGAAUGUGGACAGUUUGAGCAUACAGGCAUGCUUUGUUGCCAUGCUUUGAGGGUGAUGGAGAUUCUGCAUCUGGAUGAAAUCCCUAAGUACCAUAUCCUGAAAAGGUGGACAAGAGAUGCUAGGGAUGUACUCCCGGAGCACCUGAUUCAGUACCAGAAAGACAAAUCGCAUAAUUUGUCAUUCACUUACAGGCAUUCAACAUUAUAUUUUAAAGCCAUGGAAGCUGUUCGGAUGGGGGACGCAAGUGCUACAUGCUAUGACUAUAUGAAUUCUGGACUGGACUCCCUGCUGCGGGGUGGAGCGCCUCUAGCGGUCGUGCGGGAUGGAUUGGCAUUCGAGGAUCGUCUCCUUGACAAUGGCAAUGCUAGUGCAGCGUGCAACGGCCAGAUUGCUAAUGCAGAUCAGGAGGCUGAGCAAUGCAAUAGUGCUGUGAAUUCUGUUGGCAUGAAUGAACUUCGCUGCCUCUCAGCACCAGAAAAGCGUAGAGGUGCUGGCAGGCCGACAAGCAGCAGGGAGAAGGCACCAUACGAAGGGCUGAGUAAGAGAACCAGGUUCUGCAGCAUUUGCCGCCGCGAGGGACACAAGAGGACAACAUGUCCAGAUCGAGGGGAUGCUCCGAAGAAGCCACGGAAACCAGGCAAAUGCAAGAACUGUGGAAUAGAGGGACACCGGCGGAACACAUGCAAGAGGCCUCUUGGGUUUGCCGAGAGCUGAGCAGUGCAAUUUUCGUUCAAUGACUAUGUAUUCUAGUUUUUCAUGAGUCGUAUGUCUUAUUUUCCUGAUCUUGCUUUCAUGUUGCAAGCAGGAAAAAGAAGUAAUGUUGUGCGAAGAAAAUGUUAUUUAGUGUGAGUUGUACUGUCCAUGUUUGUAGAGAUGGAUAUUUGUGUCCUUGAGCAUAAAUAAGAAUUUAUCGGUUUCUGAAUAAUUUGGUAGCUAAUAUGUUAUUUAGAAGAA